AUGCUUUUAUACGGGGCAUGCCAGAAGUAUACCUUAAUUAUAAUUACGUUUACUUUUAAUACUUCCGUCGACCAGCGUCCUUUGAUAAGAUUAAAAUCUGUACCAAAAUCCGGAGGAGCAAUUAAAGCUGAAGAUCUCAAGCAUCAUGUGUUUAUAUAUCAAUUAUAUGAUCCGAAGAAAUUACUGUAUCGUGCUUUUUGUGCUGGUAGUAUUAUAUCAGAGGAGAGAGUUCUUACGUCGACGCACUGUUUCCUAACGAAUAGAAAAAGAAAGAAACGCAAUUUCGAUCGCAUAAGGAUUGGAGCAGGUAUUUUGGAUACUCUUGUUAAAAAAAUAGUGUUCGACGAUAAGCAACAAUGGCGGAAAAUUGAACAUUUAUAUACUCAAAGAUUUUAUAGAUUUCCGGCUUAUAACUUGGCGAUUGUGAAAGUUAACAAUGAUUGGGUUUUUAACGAAUUUGUUAACAAAAUUCCUUAUACAAAGUGGAACCAAGACUUUGACGGUGUUUGUGUCGGAACUGGAGUAAGGACAAUAAAGAGUUGGUCGAAGAACAAACAUCUCUUUGCGGUGAAUUUUCAUUUGGUCACCAGAAGAAUUUGCGAGCAAAAUUUACUUCGAAGUUGCUUUUUAUAUUAUUGUACAGAAUAUGAUAUAAAAAAGUUAUCUUCCACUGAAAUAGAAGGGGGUGGUUUAGUUUGCUAUGAUACUGGGGAUCCUGCUGAAGGAAUUAAAAACGGAGUUCUGAUUGGAGUUACUUCACUCAUCAACGUUGGCCUGCCAUCUUUACACAACCGAGUUGGCUUAUACCAUAAAUGGGUUACGGACGGCAGCAAACACUAG